UGAUGUCCCGCUGUCAGCUGCCAUUUCAAUGUCAAAUCUCAAAAAAAAUAUCCAAUUAAUUUCUUUUUGAGUCGUGUGUUCUGUUUUGUGGUAUAACAUACCGACUUCAUCAUGGGGAAGGGGAAUAAUAUGAUUCCUAAUGGACAUUUCCAUAAAGAUUGGCAAAGAUUUGUGAAGACAUGGUUCAACCAACCUGCUAGACGACACCGCAGAAAGCAAAACAGAAUCAAGAAAGCUAAGGCUAUUGCCCCACGACCAGUCGCCGGUCCUCUACGACCAGUCGUACGCUGUCCCACAGUUCGUUAUCACACGAAAGUACGUGCAGGCCGCGGUUUCACUCUUCGCGAAAUUCGGGCUGCAGGAUUGAAUCCUGCUUUUGCCAGGACUGUUGGUAUUGCUGUAGACCCACGUAGACGCAACAAAUCUGUGGAGUCACUACAAUUGAAUGUGCAAAGAUUGAAGGAAUACCGUGCUCGUCUCAUUCUAUUCCCUAAGGGCAAGAAGGUGUUGAAGGGAGAAGCUAAUGAGGAGGAGCGCAAACUGGCCAAGCAACUGCGUGGCCCACUCAUGCCAGUGCAACAGCCAGCUCCUAAGUCAGUUGCUCGCGUCAUCACUGAAGAAGAGAAGGAAUUCAAGGCAUACCAAUACCUAAGAGGGGCUCGUUCCAUUGCCAAACUGGUUGGAAUUCGCGCCAAGAGGUUGAAGGAUGCUGCGGAAAACCCUGACGAUGUAACUAAAGCUCCAUCAGCAGCUAAGGAACCUAAAAGCAAGAAGUGAUUAAAUUAAUAAAAUCCUGAAAAAAUA